AAAUUUUUGUGUGUUUGUGACAUUUCAUAAUGUUGACAUUUGACAAUAAAUUGACAUUUUGAAUGUGUUCUUAAUUAGUAUUUAAUUAAAAAAGUAAAUAAUAUGUCACUAACUACAAUAUUAGAUUUACCAGUGGAAUUAAUUGAAUAUGUAUUAUGUUACGAUAACCUUGAAUUUAAAGAUGUGAUCAAUUUUAGUUCAGGAUGUCAUAGAUUUCGUGAUAUUGUACUCAAUAGCAAUGUAUUAUGGAGAAAUAAAUUUAUGGCUAAAUGGCCACAAUUUAAAAAUGUUUGCCCAUUAAACGAUUCCGAUUUUAAUUGGAUAAAAGAAUCGAUAGAUUGUUCACAAAUUAAACGUAAAACAAUGACUAUUUUAUCGGAUAUGUCACCAAAAUUUUAUAAACGUUAUGAAUUAUCUGAAAGUGAUUUAAUUGAAUGGAAAAAUUUGAUGAAAGAAAAUCCUAGAGCUUAUUAUUAUAUUGUAGACGAUUUAAUGAAAAUCGUUAAUGAUGAUAGUCCCAUUAAUACAAUUGAAGUUGUUCCAAUUAAUACACCCGGUAAUAAAACAUUAAAAUAUUACGGGAUAAAAGCACUUCGUUACAUUCGACAAGUACAUUUAUCAGAAGAAUGGGAAAUAUAUAUGUCAUUACCACAAUCUGAACAAAUAUUGGAACGUGGUGCUGUAUUGGUAGCACAAUGGUGUCAACCUGCACAAGAUAUUACAGUAGAAAAAAUAUCAAAUGAAUUUGAUAGUAUUGCUAAUGCUGUAAAAGCAUUAUUACAAACAAUAAAUGAUAAACAUCCGCUAUUAUCCGCUACAGAAGAUGAAAUAAAUUAUUGGAGAACACAUAACUUAGAUGAUAAUCAAUGGAAGGCGAAUGAUUGUUUACAAAUAUUGGAAUGUAUGGGUACUGUUUUAUUUAAAAAUAUGGGUUUUCAUGGUAAUAAUGAAAUGUAUUUUAUGCCGGAAAAUUCAUUUAUUAAUGCAGUUCUUGAUAAAAGGCGAGGGUUACCAAUAACCUUAGCCAUUUUAUAUGAGAGCAUAGCAAGGCGGCUUGGUGUUAAAUGUGAACCAAUUAGUUUCCCAGCACACUUUUUAUUACGUUGGAGUGAAUCAUAUGCCGAAAAUGAUGAUGGAACUGGAAAAUCAUUUUAUAUUGAUGUAUUUAAUAAAGGACAUUUUAUUUUGAAAGGAACAUGUCCACGAUUAAGUUACGAUAUGAAAGGGAAAAGAAAAUAUACCUACAAAACGGCAUCUGCUCGUCAGGUUGUGGAACGAAUGGCAAAUAAUUUGGAAGUAUCAGGUCGACAACAUUUACAUCCAAAUGGACGAAUUACACGAUUAAGAUCCACGUUGGAACUAUUACGGUUAAUAUCGCCCACAGAUAUGACAUGUGUGCUAGAUUUAGCUCGGAUUUAUAUGUUGUAUAAUAUGGAUGUGGAAUUAUUAAUGAAAAAUUUAAUUGAAAUUCAACCGCAAUUGGAUGAACGUGAAAAAACUCAAGCAAAUCAAAUUGUACAAAUGCUUCAGGAUCAUGCAGCUCAUAAUGUCGAAGCCUUGAAUGAUUUAUAUCCAAAACUAGAAGCCGGUCCGAGACCAGCAAAUUUGUACUAUGCUGUCGGUAUGGUUAUGCAACAUCAAGGUUUAAAUUAUCGUUGUGUGAUUUAUGAUUGGGAUCCAACAUGUUUGGCAUCCGAAGAAUGGCAAAAGCAAAUGUCAGUAGAAAGUCUCAAAUAUAAAAAUAAUCAACCAUUUUAUAACGUUCUUGUUGAGGAUGGUUCACAUAGAUACGUAGCACAAGAAAAUAUACGACCAACUUCUGAACCAGGAUAUUUAUUUCAAAAUCAGGAUAUAGGACGACAUUUUUCACAUUAUUUUGAAACACAUUAUGUACCAAAUGCUGAAAAACAUGCUGAAUAUCCUUUUGAUGAAACCGUAAGAAAAUAUAAUCAUGAGAAAAUUGUUUUUGGAUAUAUUGGAUAACGAAAAUAAUGUUGAUAUGUAAAAUGUAAAAACAGGAGAUAUAUAAUUAUUAUAUAUUAUGGUCUAUUAAGUUUUA